ACAGUCUCAUGUACCGAUCUUCGUUCUACCUUUCAGCUCUUCCUAUCCCGCCAUGCUGUGUCGGAGUUCCUACGAAGGACAGGCCUGCCUGUACCUGCUGUGAACAUCGUCUCCGAUAGCGCUGUCGCCGGGCGCAUUCGCACUACCAUCGUCAACUGGGACUUCGGUGGUAUCUCUACGGAUCGUAUCCUUCACUACACCGUCGCAGGCAUCAGUAUGGCGACGACGACGUUCGGUCACAACCACCCCGACACCCAAGUGCACAUCGCGCUCUUCACCAUCCUGGCUCUGUGCGUCGACGACCUCGAGGUCAACUCGGCCGCGCUCGCUGAGUUUAUCGACCGGUUCCAGACGGGCAGGAUGCAGCUGCACUCUGUACUAGAGCUCCUCGCUGGCAUGAUCCGGCGCAUGCCCGAGUUCUUCCACCCAUACGCGGCGACAGCGAUCCUGAUCGGGGCCAUGCAUCACGUCAACUGCACGCUGUUUGAGAAGCAGAUGGACAACGCACCACUGCAUCCUGCGGCCUUGCAAUACGUUUUGUACAAACGCGCGAGAAACGGUGCCGGCGAAGUCUACUCGGCGUUCGUCUGGGAUAAAUUCAACUUUCCGGACAUAUCGGCACAUAUCCAGGUCACUCCGGAGACGAUGAUCUACCUGGAUUACGCCAAUGACAUCUUGUCGUUCUACAAGGAAGAGAUGGCCGGCGAGCGGCACAACUUCGUGUACGACCGUGCGCGUGUCACGGGCAAGGACGUCAAAACGGUGCUAUCGGACAUCCUGGAUGAGGUCGUUGGUGCCAUCGAACGCGCCAGGAAGAUCCUGCAGGGUGAGAAGGAGCGGGAGACGUGGGAGAAGUUCCUAGCGGGCUACGUUGCGUAUCACUUUCUCUCGCCGCGCUACAAGCUUGAGCAGCUCACCGGUGCCGCCGCAGCGUGA